GACUCACUUCUUUUUUCUAUGCUUCUCAGCAUCAGCAGGAUGCAGUUCUGUGCAGCGGACCAGCCGUACCCGUCAAAGGACACCUUCCAGGUCAGUGAGAUGGAUGUCCAGGUAGCCGUGACCAAGAAUGAGCCCAAGAAGAGCUUCAGGAAGGCCGUGCUGAUUGUCAUUGCGAGCGAGAGCAUGAAGAAGUCUCCCACCAGGCUCUUCUCGGACGAGGACCUGAUGGACAUUCUGAGCACAAUCUUAGAACCGGUCACUUUUGACAUCUACGGAUGCACAGAGGCCACUGAUUCCACCUAUCACCUCAGGAAGACUAUCAUCUACGACAUCAAGGACUCUGACCACAAGUCCUUCGUCUUCAAGGAGCCCGCACAGUUGGUGGCCAUGCAUCUUCAGGGCCCAAACAUUGAGCAAGCAGUGAAAUUAAAGAUGUCUAUGUAUCGUCCAAAAGCCGAGGCUGGAACUCUAAAGGUCCCUGUGGCUUUGAGCAUCCAGAAGGGGAAGCUUUAUAUCUCUUGCAAAAAGAAAGAGGGACAGCUGCCAGUGCUGCAGUUGGAGGAAGCCACCCUCCAAGGGAACCUUGACAAAUCUCAGCUGGGCCGCUUCCUUUUCUACAAAAUUGACAUCGGAAAGUACACAAGGUUCGAAUCAGCCGAGUGCCCAGGAUGGUACAUUUCCACGUCCACCCAGUCUGAGGAUACUGUGGCCGUGACUCAGGAGAUCGGAGGCCCGAGGAUUGUGAAUUACAGCCUCAUCAGCCAGUGAGCGGAAGGCUGCCCUGCUCCAGACUUUGCGAGGCUCCCAGACAUCUCGGCCAGGCAAAGCCAGACGUGGUGUC